AUGAAGUCCCCGAAUGAGAUUGAUAUGAUAGUAAUGCCUGCAUUGAUAUCGUCUUUUGACAGGUAUCAUGCGCUAUUUUUUCUUGUUGUGGCGCUUGUGACCUAUGUACUUCGUCGCAAAUAUGGGACGUCGAUGAGAGACGUUCCAGGUCCCUUUGUGGCCUCGUUUUCCAGUCUAUGGAGGGUAUACCAUCUUUGGAAAGGUCAUAGUGAGGAGGAGAUUCUUAGACUACACAAGGAGCACGGCCAUUUUGUUCGCAUCGCCGAUAAUGAAGUAAGCGUGUCUCACCCGGACGCAGUCAAGCAGGUCCUUCAGGCAAAUAUCGCAAAGGGAAAAUUCUAUGCCAUGUUUAGUCUUCCAGACUACCACUAUGUCAACCAAAUGUCCGAACUAGACCCAACGCGCCAUAUCCAAAAGACUCGUAGCCUCUCGGCAGGCUUCUCACUCACCAACAUUACAAAAACAGAGCCGUACCUUGACUCCGUGCUAAAACUCUUCAAGACCCGCUUCGAUGAAAUAAGCGACGCAGGUAGCACCGUCGAGUUCCACGAUUGGUUUAGCUUCUUUGCAUUCGACGUCCUUGGGGAAGUAACAUUCUCCAAGUCCUUCGGUUUCGUCGAAUCAGGCACUGACAUCCGAAACGCAAUCGCCAACACUGGCUCAUUAGUCAAUUGGAUUGCCGUAAUGGGUAAUUAUGUCUGGUUCCACCAUCUCACAUUAGGAAACCCCUUGUUUAGCAGACUGGGUCUGCAACCUAACUCCCACAUCUUUGAUACAUGUCUCAUUGCCGUCGACGAGCGCAAGAAGAACCCCGAGAUCCGUCAUGAUAUGAUGCAGCGCUGGCUUGAUGUUCGCGCUACCCAUCCAGACCGUCUUAGUGAACAAGACGUUUUCGCAGCGGCUGUCGCGAACAUCGGCGCGGGUGCUGAGACGAUCAGCGCAACUGCCCAGGCUGUUGUGUAUCAUUUGCUACGGAACCCCCAAUACUUGAAGCGUGUACAAGAAGAAAUCGACACCGCGCAGGCCCGUGGGGAACUCUCGUCUGUGAUCCAGAAUAGCGAAGCUGCCAAACUCCCUUUCUUCCAGGCUUGUUUGAAAGAGGCAUACAGAUUCCACCCAGGUGUUGCCCACAACCUUCCCCGAGUGAUGCCUAAAGGAGGAAUGACAAUUGCUGGGAGGCAUUUUCCUGAGGGGGUGAUUUUGAGUGUGAAUCCCUGGGUCAUUCAUCGCAACAAAGAAAUCUUCGGCGAAGACAGCGACUGCUACAAUCCCAAUCGCUGGCUUCGGGCAGACACCAAGAAGAUGGAUGCAUUUUUGAUUCACUGGGGAACCGGGUAUAAUAAAUGUCCUGGGCAUAAUCUGGCUCAGUUUGAGCUUUCCAAAGUCCUCACUACUAUCUUCCGAGACUACGAGAUUGAGUUGGUUGAUCCAAGCAAAGAAUGGAAGUUUGAAACUCGUUUCCUUGCUGUUCCUUAUGGAUGGCCUUGCAAGAUUCAGAAGCGUUAG